UUGUGAGAUGCCAAUUGGGGCUGCUUACAUUUAUGAAGAAUUAAACGACGCCGUUUUAGGGUUAAAAUCGUUGCCGGCGGCAGGCGAAACAGUUCCCUUAUUUUUGUUUUUCAAUCUACCAACUUAAAAUCCCGCGACUACUUGCCGCCAAUUUCCCAGCACCAAAUAUCAAAUUGAAAUACGUCCAAAUAAAAGUGAAAAGAGAAUGCAGAUUCAGGUCAAGUGUAGCUGCGGAGCAGAGAACUGCCCUGAAUGGGCAAUAAUCGAAUUGCAAGGCGUGGUUGAAGUGCAGCGUUCCUUCCAGGAUUCUCUCCAAAACCUCACAAUCGGACAGCUUUGCCGUCCUUCUUCCCAGGAGAGUUACACUUUCACGGUUGGGUAUCAUGAAUUAACAGGGUCAAAAGUGGCCCUCAAGAAGCCCAUGUUGGUGCUCAAGAAAAUCAAGUGCAUGGAUGGGGACCAAAGUGAUGAGGCUGCUUCGUCUAGGGUGGAGCUCGAUGUUGUUGGAGUUAUUCGCCACAAGAUUUUGUUCAAGAACAGGCCAAAGGCCCUGAUUUCCGGACCACAGCCCAUUGUUAAGGAAAAGGCUAAUGCUGCAGGUGCUGCUGUGCAAAAGCCAUCCAUAUGAAAUCCAUGGACGGUAUUUUGGACAAUCAGAGUGUUGGGUUAUUCGAGUUAAAUUAUGUCCUUGCUGCUUGCUUCUAUGUUCUGCAAUGCUGUCUUUUGCCCCUUGUCUUGUUGGAUGUGAUUUUCUUGUUCGGAGUUUGGUUCGACCAAGGAAAAAGAAGGUGUUUCCAAAUCUAAAUGAAGCUUAAAAGGGAAAUUGUUCCAAUCUAUUCUCCCAAGAGUUUUAUGGGAGAGAACAGACAGUGCUAUUUCCUGGAGAAUAGUUUGUUAUUCGGAGUUGAUUAACAAUUAGCGUAGGCCUCUUCAUUGAUUAGUUCCUUGGUGUUGCUCCAUGAUUUUCUA